AUUUUGUGAUUCUCCAAGUUGGUUCAGAACGAUUACGAAAUCUUUUCAAUUUUUCUAUUGUGUCAGAUUUGCAAACAGCAAGAUGUAAGAAAUCACCUCCAAUUUCAAGUUUUGCCUUCUUAAGGUAACCAAUCAUUCCAACACAUGGCCCAGCCCAUUCAGAGUACACAUCGAGAACUAACGAAUAAAAAUCAUUGCAAGUUUAGAAAUUAUUAUAAAGUUGAUUGCAAACCUAUGAUGCCAUCUCUCUCAAGAAACUUAUCAAGAUCAUCGUCAUUGCAAAUUUCUGUUUGCAGCUGUUGAACUCCACCUUUCUUAGUCAUUUGUUA